AUGCAGUAAAAUCAUCAAGAAAUAAAAGCCACAUUUAAACUACUUAUCAUAGGGGAUGGAGGGGUUGGUAAGACAACCUUUACCACCAGGCAUCAAACUGGACACUUCAUCAAGCCCUACACACCCACAUAAGGAGCCAACAAUACAAAUAUAGUAUUCAAUACUAAUCUAGGUAAUAUUUUGUUUGAGAUUUGGGAUACGGCUGGUUAGGAAAAAUGGGGAAAGUUGAGAGACUGUUACUAUGUAGGGGCCAAUUGUGCCCUUAUCAUGUUCGAUCUUACAUAAAGAGACACUUAUAAGAACGUCGCUAAAUGGUAUUAGGAUUUUACCAAAAUUUGCCCAAAUGUUCCAAUUUGUCUGGUCGGAAAUAAAGCCGAUGUCAGAGACAGAAAAGUUAAGGCAUCUUAGAUCAACUUCCAUAGACAGCAUAAUAUAUAAUAUUAUGAUAUUUCGGCGAAGUCUAAUUACUAAUUUGAAAAACCUUUUAUCUAUUUACUUAAACAGCUAACUGGUAAUAAUUAGCUUUAGUUAGUCGAAGAGGUAGCAAUGAAACCUAAAGAUAUAGAAAUGGAUUAA